AUGGGUUCAUAUGAUUUAUAUGAGAUCACAGAAACUAACAACUUUAGAUGGAUAUGUUCAAAAGAAGAGUCCUUAUUCUAUAGUUGGAUAUUUAAAAAUAUUGCAAAUUGUAAGAUAGAAUAUUUUCAUAUUACCAUUCUGAAAAUCUUAAAGCACUUGAAGGUUAUUUAGACUUUGAUUUAUAAGAUUAUGAGUUUAAAGAAGUUUAAAAUAAUAGAAAUUAAACAAUAGAAUUUGUGUAUAUAUAUAAAAAUAAUUAAGUUUAAUUCCAAAAGGAACUAAAAAAGAAUUCAUAUUUAAAGGUGAAAAACCAGAGAUAACACAUAUAUGGGCAUAAAAAUAAAAAAAUAAAUGAAUAACUCAUUUGGAAAUACAUAAUAAUUACGAUUUUUAAAAGAAAUACCUAAAUUUUGGAAAAACUGUUAGAUUACAAAUGUUAAGAAUAUUCAGAUGGUGACAUAGUAUUAUUUAAAUCAAAAAACAAUUUAACAAAGGUAGCAAGAGCAAUUUUGAUGUGUGAUUAUGAUCAUGUAUCUUUGUUAUAUAGAGAUGAAGGAUUAUUAUAUUGUUUUGAAGCUGUUUAAAGUGGAGUGGGUACAUUUCCAUGGAGUAAAAUAUAUAAUAAAUAUAAAAAGCAUACAUGAUUGAAUAAUGUUGGGUUAAUGAUUAUGAAAAGAUUAGUAUAAGAAAAUUGAAUUAUCAUAAAAAGUAAAAUCCAGAAGUGUAAGAUAGAUUAAAAUAGUUUAUAACAAAUAAUUUUGGAAAUAAAUAUAGCAUUUGACCCAACAAAAUUUUUUAAGACUGUUUCAUAAAUUAAAUCCUGUAAAGAUUUAAGAGAUAGAAGAGAAAAAAAGAACAUUUUUUUGUUCUGAACUUGUUGCUAAGGCAUAUAAAGAAAUGGGAUUGCUUGAUCCAGUAAAAUCAUGCACAUAAUAUUAUCCAAAAGAUUUUACAUCUGAAAAGAAAUUAUAAUUAUUAGAUGGAGCUACAUUAGAUGCUGAGUUAUUAGUUACAUUUGAACUUUGA